AUGAAAUUUGCUAAGUUUGCAGCAUUUGCUUUAUUAAACUCUUUUUUGGUUUUUGCUCAAGAAGAUGUUGAAAUUAACAAAGACAUUGACGUUGAUUCUUCAUUACCAGCCGAAGAAGUGGAAGCUGUUGAAAAACCAAAAUAUAUCAACUUAAAUGUCACCUAUAACGUCCGUGAAAAGCCAGAUGAAAGUGUAUACUCUUUCUUGGACUUCUACAACGGUGACGUCAUGCACUUGGACUAUGAAGUAGUAAGUAAUGAAGAUGAACUUUUGACUAUUACAGGUGUUCAAGGCCAACUUUUAUCUUACCCAGAUGGUAACUUAGCUGCUAACAUAUCUGCUGGUAAAAUUGGGCCAUUUGAGUUAAAUUUAAAUGAUACAGCCGAAUUCAAUCAAUUAGUUCAAUUAAGAUUAGAAGAAGGCCGUUACUAUUUGGCACCAAGUCUAUUGGUUGUUAAGAAUCAAGAAGUUAUGAGAGUUGGCACAAGACCAACCUUAAUUAACGUCGAAGCUCCUCCGAUGUCAAUUUUCAACCCUCAAUUCUUAUCCAUCCUAAUUACUAUUUCUGCUUUAUUUGGAGGUGCUUAUUACUAUGUUUGCUAUAUCAAGACACCAAGCAAAGCAACAAAGAAACAAGCUGCAAAAACUGCAAAAAAUUUGAAAGGUGCGGCAACAGUUGAUAAAAGUUGGUUACCAGAUACCUACACUUCUAAAAAAUAA